UCAAUUCAGUUUAAGAGAUAUCUCAAGUGACGAUGUUUUUGUUAGCUUUAUUCAUAGUUAAUGCUUGCAUAUUAUAUUUUUUGAUCGUGUUCUUUUGCAAACUUUGUGGAAUUAAUAAAUGUAGCAGACAUCUAGUGGGAAAAGUUGUUCUAGUAACCGGUGGCAAUAAAGGCAUAGGAUACGAAGCUGCGAAGGAUUUAGCCGAGCGAGGUGCUAAAGUUAUCUUGGGCUGCAGAAAUGUGGACAGGGGAACGACAGCUAGGGAUAAAAUUAUCAAAGAGACUGAAAAUAAGGAAGUCUACUUUAAGCCAUUGGACUUGGCUUCAUUUAAAUCGGUAAAAGCAUUUGCUGAAGACAUACUGAAGAAUGAGAAGCGCCUGGACAUUCUUAUCAACAACGCUGGAAUGUUUGGAAGCGGACACUCGACCACGGAGGACGGGUUGCUGCUGGACAUGCAAACGAACCAUUUCGGGCCAUUCCUGCUGACUUCACUCCUGCUGCCUCUACUCAAGUCCAGCGCACCCAGCCGCAUCGUAAACGUGUCGUCGAUGGCUUAUUCCUUUGCCAAAUUAGACUUAGACAAUCUUAACAUGGAUAACGGGAAGUAUAGCCCAUUCCAAGCUUACAGUGUAUCAAAAAUGUGCACCAUUUUAACGACAGUUCAGUUAGCCGAGCGUCUUAAAGGCACCGACGUUACCGCGAACUGCUUACACCCUGGAGCAGUUGACACUGACAUUACGCUGGCAUAUCCACUAGCAAAGUAUCUAAAGUUAAUUUUUCCUCUGAUAAGCCAUUCUUUAAAACGCCGUGGCAAGGCGCACAGACUACCAUCUAUUUGGCCGUGUCACCCGAAGUGCAGAAUGUCAGCGGGAAAUAUUUCGUUGAUUGCCGGGAAAAAUCUACAACAGAAGCAGCUCGAAAUUCUGAAACAGCCCGGAAAUUGUGGCAGAUCUCGGAAAAACUAGUGCAUAUUAUUCACUAACCCUGCAGUCAGGUCGAGCUUUACCUGGACGAGACAUAUGAUCUGAAAUGCAGACAAAAGAUGAAAAAGGUAUUUUUUACAGGGUGCCUAAGAAAAGUGAAGUGCAUGUGAAAUUGCAAGUUACAGUAAUAG